AUGAAACAAACAUGAAGCUUAAGCAGAAGAGAGUUACCUGGGAGAUCGUCCGUAGAUCAUUAGACUCUAAAUAACGUCCCUUCUAUGGGAAAGAAAGAGUUUGAGAAGGAUGACGGCGAAUGUUCAGAAACUCAAAAGCCAAAAGAUGUUGACAAAGAGGUUAGAGACGGGAAUUGGCUGGUCGUCGUGGCCGGUUUUGUUAUGUACUUCUGCAGCAGCGGUAUCAGCAGUGUGUUCGGACUUCUAUAUAUAGAACUGGAGCGGGAAACGGGAUCGGAAAUUUUGACUCUGUCCUGGAUCGGUUCUCUCUUCAUCGGUUUUAGCUUAGACAGUGCUCCAUUCGUUGGGAUCAUCGCGAGAUACUGGAGCUACUGGUCGUUAGCAGUGGUCGGCGGACUGCUAUCCAGCACUGGAUAUUUCCUUGGAUUCAUCUCUACGUCACUUCCUGUCCUCUAUCUUGGACUGGGCGUAUUAAGCGGACUGGGGUUCGGGAUCUCUACCUUUGCCACAGUAGUGGUUAUUGGCCACACCUUUACCAGGAGGCGCCCCCUAGCGUUGGGCGUGUGUACGGCGGGGGUGGGGGCCGGGAUGAUUGUGUUUCCUCCCGUGUACACACUGCUGCUGGAGAUGUACGGACUCCGCGGCCUCUUUCUGAUCACAGCCGGCCUCUUUCUGAACAACGCUGUCCUGGGUAUCUUUCUCAGAUCCAGUCAGAGGGAUGUCCAACAACCCACCCAAACAGUAAUGGAGGGCAUCAUCAAUCCAAAACUAGUAAAAUCGGGGAAGUUCGCCAUCUUUCUUCUCUUCAACUUCCUGUAUAUUUUUGCCUUCUCCGUUCCGUUUACGUACAUUCCACUGAGAGCAACAGAGUUGGGAAUUUCCCUUCCGCUCACUGCUCUCCUGGUGUCGAUUUCUGGGGUUACCAGCAUGACUGGGCGCGUCUUGAUUGGAAUGAUAGCUGGAAAUCUGCCUCGUGCACGUCCUUGGCUCUUGCUUCUGUUUAUAUCCCUUUCCGGUAUUGUCAUGAAUGUUGUACCCUUUGCGCAGUCGUACGUCACUCUGGCGUUCCUAGGAGCGGUCUUUAUGCUUUUAACGGGGGCCGCUAACAGCCUCGUUCCAGUGUUGGUGGUGGACAUGUUUGGGACCGACCUCCUCGCCUGUAGCCUGGGUCUGAUCUACUUUAUAUACGGGAUAGGCUCCAUGCUAGGGGUCCCAGUAGUCGCCCUGGUUUGCGAGGCAGCAGGCGACAAUCAAUGGGCCUUCCACGUGGCGGGGUUCUGUCUGUUCGUGUCGUCUGCUUUAGUUGUCGUCUGUAACUGCAUGAAAACACCGGAAGGUUUCUUCCAGACGAACGAUAACGUCAAAAAGAUCCCGGAUGUUGAAUCCAAUAUGGAGGCUAUUGACAUUUCUGUGAUUGACCUACCUGAACCUGUUGGGACCCCGGCCGCUUAAGUUACUGUAAACUUCGGCUGCAUCUUGGCAGCCAGUUUAACUCACGAAAUAAAGCUUACAGAUAUUAAA